UUAAAACAACGACCAUGUAUUGAGAGACUCUUUCGUGAGCGCCUUGAGAGCGACAAGCGAUACCACAAUUCUGAAUCAUCAAGUCCACGCACUGAGAAUGCAUACAACCAAGAGUCUUUACACCACAACAGCGUACAGAUUGACCGACUUUAUCUCACUUGGGCGGCGCAAGAGCCGCCGAUCGCUNUUAUAUGGAAUCUCCCUUGGAUUUCCAGCUAUGGCGUGAACAUUUGGGACCACUAUCAGGUUUCGCCAUGUGAUGGGACUACCAACACAUCUGGAUAUCUGCCGUACCAGGGUGUUGCUUGCCAACCUAAUUNNUUCGUGGUUUCACUUCUUAAUCAGAAGGGUACCAACAUGCAGCAGCUGAAGGCUGGACCAAAUCCAUGCCUCUGUACAGUAUCGCUGCCUGACCUCAACACCAAGGAUCGGAUAUCGAGCUGGUCCAUGAAUAGGAGGCCAUACAUCUAUCCACUUGCCGUCGGACGUUCCCCAACAGGAUGU